ACUCAAACCCCGUCCUUGCAACUCUUGCAACUCUCGCCGGUGUGAUCCGACAUCAGCCACCAUGAAACUAAUUCUCUCCACCUCGUAAGUGGCGACGACCACCGAUGUUCCCUGCUCUAUCCCUCCCUCGGGCCGUUCCCCGGCGAUCCUCCAUAAAAACCUCAAAACUCAAUCAGCGCACACACACAUACACGCAACACAAAACUAACACCCUACAGCAACCUGAUGCUAGGCGGACACCCAGUCAUUCGCCAACUGACCGAAAAGUCCAACGUCGAGCUGAUUAAUUCCCUCCGCGCCAACAUCCAGGCCGCACAGCAACAGCACGCCGAAGAAGAUCCCAAAACCCAGCAGCAACCGCGCUACUUAACCUGGACGAAACAACAAGACGACACGCUAUACAUUCCCUCCACAGACUUUGGAUAUGGACUGUCCGAGGAGCGCUCGGCCUACGACAUCACGGUCAAACUGUUCUACCUGCCGGGCAUCCCGGCGUCGCGGCGGUGCGCACACACGCGCGAGGCGAUCGACCUCGUCCUGAAAGAACUGCACGUCGACUCGAUAGAUCUGCUGAUUGUCUCGUUUCCCGGGAUUCUGUUCGACGCCGACGAUGACAGCGAGGUGGAGGACGAGGAAGGGGGCUCAUCGGAUACGGGCAGCGAAGAAGACGACUUCGACAGUCUGCUCCAGACAUGGCGGACGCUGGAGGGGCUGCACGAGCAAGGGAUGAUCGCGCAGCUGGGCGUGGCCGAGUUUGGCAGCGAGCGGCUGGCGCGGUUCCUGCCGCACACCAAGGUCAAGCCGUCCGUCGACCAGAUCAACCUUAAGGACUGCUGCGUCGUGCCCAAGUCGUUGAUUCUGUACGCCAAGCAGGAGCGGAUCCAGCUGCUGACGCAUAACGACUGCAAUGACAUCCUGCCGGUGGGCACAACACGCGAGCUGCUGGGGCCCGGCGCCCGGGGCGCGGGCAUUCUGGCUUCUGCGCCGGACGCGGACGACGGCAUCCAGGGCGACGUGGCGCCGCAGUGGGUGGUCAAGUAUACGGCGGUGGUGAAGGACCGCGGGGUGGUGGAGAAUAAGGGGUACUUUGCGUUGGCGGACGUGGGCAGCUGCGUCAAGCCUUGAUUUUGGUUGGGUGUUGCAUUCGAAAUUUCGCAUAGGAAGCGCGGCGUUAAUCUUUUUUGUAUUUAACGAUGAAUGAAGUAGAAGAAGCAGCAUAUAGUCAUGUCAUCUCACAUCCAUUUCC